GGAGCGCGCCCGGCUCCCGGAGAUGCUGCCCGGGAGGGAGCCGGACGGGGCUCCCGGAGGCUGCAGCGUGCGGAUGUGCCCCGGCGGCGCUGAGCCCUGAGAAACUUCGCACUCUAGGGAUGAGCAGCUCCAGGAGGCAGCGAGGCGCCCGCCCAGCCGGACACACAGCCCCGGAGCGCCCGAGCGCCUCAGCCCCCUGAUGCUGAUCGCCGGCUCCCGCCCGACCCCCGGCAGCCCCCGGCCGGCCGGAGCACAGGUACGAGGCAGCCUCGGGUGAGCCGCGGCAGAGCCGAGCACGGCAAUGCCGCCCCGUAGGUCUUUUCAAGCCCCACGGCUGGAAUCGGGAUCCUCUUUCGCGGGGUGCAGAAGGGCGUCUGUAGAUGCUUAGCAGAGCCAAGCCGGCACUGGGGGCGAGAAGGGAGACGGCGGCAGAUUUUCUCUCGCGUCUCAUUGAGCCUGGCUGUGCCGCCGGGCUGUACAGAGGCUUCUGCUCACCACAAUGUCCUCGCCGGUGCCCGUGGACCCGCUCUGGCCGCGGGUGGCAAAGCUGUUCCUGCUGCUGCUCCAGCUGCGCGCUCCCCGAGCCUCCCCACAGCCCCACCGCUGCCCUGCCGCCUGCAUCUGCACCUCCGACCUACUGAGCUGCAGCCGGCAGAUGCUGCUGCGGGUGCCCCAGGCACUGCCGCCCACCACCACCACGCUGGACCUCAGCCACAACGCCCUCACCCAACUCCACGACCGCUGGCUGGCCGCCCUCCCGCACCUCGAGGCCCUUCACAUCAGCCACAACCAGAUUCGGAACCUUUCUCCGCGGGCUUUCCACAAUGCCUCCUUCCUGCGGCACCUGGACAUGUCCUCAAACUACCUGCACGCCGUGGAGACGCACUACUUCGAGGCGCUGGUGAGCCUGGAGGAGUUGCUGCUCUACAACAACCGCAUCACGCGGGUGGAUGAAAACGCCUUUGCCAAGCUGAGUGGUCUGCGGAAAGUCUACCUGAGCUGGAACAACCUGACCACCUUCCCCUUCCAUGCAGUGCAGGGGCUGGGAAUCUACAACCUGCGCACGCUGGACCUCUCCUCCAACAGCCUGAGCAGCAUCCCCGUGGAGGUGCUGGCAGCUCUGCCCGAAAACAUCGGCAAUGGCUUGUAUCUGCACAACAACCCCAUCAGGUGCAGCUGCCCCCUCUACCUGAUGCUCCAGCGCUGGAAUCAGCAAGGUUUCAGCUCUGUGAAAGAUUUCUUUGAGGAACACACCUGCAAGGUGUCUGACAACGUGCCCCGGUCCCUGAUCAAGUUUCUCAAACACAGCCACAUGUUUGAGAACUGCUCGGCGAGCACCAAAGAAACAGACAUCUCGCACUUGGAGGUGAUGGUGGGCCAGCCCAUCCUGCUCACCUGUAACACCAGCCUGCCGCAAUCAACCACCACCUACAUGUGGAUCACCCCUAACCACGAGCCCAUCAAACACCCUGGGAACAGCAAUCACUCCCUGGAGGUCUAUCGCAACGGCAGCCUGAGGAUCGCUGUAGCCAAGCCCUGGCUCUCGGGGGUCUACGUAGGCUUGGCCAUGAACAGCCCCUACAACUUCAGCAGGAUGUGCGAGUUCAAUGUGACCGUCCUCUACCCCAAGCCAGCUGAGGAGACCUUCAGCACUGGCCUCACAACCCUGCUGGGCUGCAUUGUGAGCCUGCUGCUGGUGAUCAUCUACUUGUACCUCACGCCGUGCCGCUGCCUGGGCUGCUGCAAGAAGCCGGCCCCGCUCAGCCCCCCGCAGGAGUGCAGCGCCCAGUCCUCCAUCCUCAGCACCACUCCUCCUGCCACCGAUGGGCCAAACCGCAAGGCCAGUGCCAACAAACAUGUUGUCUUCCUUGAGCCCAUCAGGGAGACACAGAACGGCAAGAUCCGCCUGGCCCUCGGCGAGGACUUCCCUGACCCCAAACACCUCAAGGUCCUGCAGCUCAAGUCAGACUCAGAGUCCAUCAGCUCUGUCUUUUCUGACACCCCCAUUGUGUCUUAGUGGGAGAGAGCUGGGAGCAGAUCUGAGGCCUCCCACGAGCUGGUCUCCUCCAUCACUGCUAGAACAGGAUUAUUGGGCAUCCUGAAUUCCUGGCUUGACCACGACCCACGGGAGUGAUUGACAUCACCCACAACCGCUUCAGCCAUGGGCUCCUGGUGGGUUCUGGGCCAUGGGCACAUUGGUGCCCAGCAAAAGCACCCUGCAUAAUCCACUGGCAAUGGCCGUGUUAGCACAAGGGUAACGCUGAUGAACCCAGCAUGCUGGAGAAACGCCCCUUCAUUUGGGCACCCACCCUCCCUAAUGUAACACCAGAGCUGGGGGUCUGCCAUAUCCCCAGGCAUGAGAUGCCCAACCUGACACCACUACCACAGACCAGGUCAAGGGAUAGCUGUGACAAGUGGGACACUGUCCUGGCUCAUGCCAGGACCCUCAAGAAUGGUGAUGCCACCAUCCUCUCCCAGCCCAUGGCGGUCCCCAUCAAUAUGCCAUGGCUGGGAGCAGGGGACUGUGACCCCAUCACAUGUGGGGGGUACACACCCUCUCCCCAAACAUGGCCACGCAGGAGGGAUGGAGCUCAGCGCCUGACCAGCCACGCAGCCAAGCAAACCUUACAAGCUUUUGCUUCCCGAGAAGCUGUAAAUCGUCAAAGCAGGAUUAGGUGACGAGACACAGCGCCCCAGCCCGCAUUGCUCAGAGCUCUCCAUGCCACCAAGGACACUGAGGUCUCCGAUGCACCACGCGCUCCUUCGCUGCUUCUCCUUGAGGCGGACACGCGCUGCUCAAGCACAGCUAUUUAGGCAGUAACCUAAUCAGCCUAUCGAUAAAUGUGAGUAAUCCUCCCCUCUCCUGGGUCGUAAUUCUCUAGUUCCAUUGGAAUAAAAAUGCCUAUUUUUUUAAGCUCA